AAAUCCAGAACAACCAGAGAUCUGUCAAAAUUACGUUGGCCAAGUAAAUCGUACGAGUAAUAAAUUAACAAAAAUAAUACAGUUCUAUUUCAUAUGUCCAUUGAUCUUUCAACUAUUGGCUGAAGUUAACGCAUGAAACGAAAUGACGUGUUAAAGUGAUAAGAAGAAAAACAAAAUAAAAAAGAGAUCAUGGUGCUAACGGUUUAGUGUGACGACGUGCCUCAAAGGACAAAAAAAAAUGAAAAACUGUGUUGUUUUCGUUGACCAAGUGUAAAGGAUACAAGUUCCAUCAUGUUUCGCAGCAGAAGUUGGUUCGGUGCCUCAUGGGGGCGGCCAAAGAACCCUCAUUCUUUAGAAAGAUUGAAAUAUUUACAUAAUAUUCUGUGUAAAAACACGACGGUUUCCGAGAGUAACCGCGGUACCUUGGUGGAAUCGCUCAGGUGCAUAGCCGAGAUACUCAUAUGGGGCGAUCAGAAUGACAGUUCCGUAUUUGAUUUCUUCUUGGAAAAGAACAUGCUGUCCUACUUCUUGAAGAUCAUGAGACAGAAGUGCGGGGGAUCUUCGUAUGUAUGUGUGCAGCUGCUGCAAACCCUCAAUAUACUGUUUGAGAACAUAAGAAAUGAAACAUCACUGUAUUACUUGCUGAGCAAUAACCAUGUGAAUUCUAUAAUAGUGCACAAAUUCGACUUCUCUGAUGAGGAAGUGAUGGCAUACUAUAUUUCCUUCCUCAAAACUCUCAGCUUGAAGCUCAACAAUCAUACAAUACAUUUCUUUUACAAUGAGCACACGAAAGACUUCCCGCUGUAUACAGAGGCGAUCAAGUUCUUCAACCAUUCGGAGUCAAUGGUGCGAAUCGCAGUUCGCACUCUCACCCUCAAUGUAUACAGAGUUCAAGAUGCCAGCAUGCUCAGAUUCAUUAGAGAUAGGACUGCGGCUCCGUACUUCAGUAAUCUAGUUUGGUUUAUCGGCAAACACAUUCUAGAACUCGACGCGUGUGUUAGAAACGACGCUGAAAAUUCUUUUUCCAGCCAUCAAUCGCAACAGAAAUUGGAUGAUCUAGUAGCUGAACAUUUAGACCAUCUUCAUUAUAUCAAUGACAUCUUAUGUCUUAACAUUCCUGACCUAAACGAUGUAUUGACGGAGCAUCUAUUGCACAAACUGCUUGUACCUCUAUACAUUUACUCUCUCACGUCCGAAAGUGUAAGACGAACGCAGACAUCCUCACCUUACAAUAGAGAUCAUAUACAAAGCAUAGAAGCAAUUACAAGAAACUUGGAAGCUAUACUUAAAGGGAAGAACGCCGAAUCUCCAUCCAGAAUGACAUUUCCGAGGCAAAGAAUGGAAUCAGAGGACGAGACCAAACCGUCUGUGUCAUGCGUAGUGUCCCUGUUUCUGCUAUCGCAAGUGUUCCUUAUCAUAACGCAUGGUCCAAUUGUCCACGCGCUGGCCUGGAUCAUAUUGCAGUCAGACUUAUCAGUAUUCGAGGAUGGAGCCACUAAGAUACUAGAAAUGUACAUAAGCAAUGCUAAGUCCAAUGUCAAACUAGAGUUCUCUAAACCACAACUAAGUCUAGAGAAGGCGUUAGAAAAUACUUCAAGCGAGAGGGACUACACUACUCCAGAAUACGGCGGUCCUAAAGCAUUCGGAUACGAUACCGAUCAAUCGAGUUGCGAUCUCGAUCCCGAGCUAGUUUCGACUUCACUUCCGUCCACUUCUCAUAUAAGUGAAUCAUCGAGCAUGGGCCACGAUUCCACUGAGGAUUUAGUUACUCAAAUACAUUCGGCGAAAACUAAUAGCUCGGGGACUCUCAAAGAGAAUAUGCCCGACUCGCCUUUGCCUGAUUUAGGUAUCGAAUCGAGUUCGUCGAAAACAAACGAAUACAAUAAUAUCACUGACGAAGAGAAACAAAAACUUUUAGGUGUUGCACCGAGUACUUCUGCUGAGAGAGCAUUGACAUUAGACAGUAUAAUUGAAAGGGAGAGUAGAGAGAUUGAAAAACGGCCAUUUUUGAAAACGAUUUUGGACUCGUUGGACUGCAGCGAAAAUGAUUACAAAGCGCUGUUUGCCCUGUGUCUGCUGUUUGCGCUAAUAAAUAACAAAGGAGUAAACACAGAACUUCUAGACACGCUACUAUGUCCGGAGGAAGAAAUAACGUCUGGUCACGAGUCGAGCACGUCGUGUGCAGCGCCCUCUGGCGAUACGAUGACGUCACCGCCUCCGAAGCGGCCAUUACAGAGCUUUAAUGCUCUGCUUAUAUCCAAGCUGAUGGCGAUUGCUAAUUUGAGCUGUAAACCUGCAUCAAAAGUCCGUCUAGUCACACUAGAACUGAGCGUGACUCUGAUGCGGGUAGCGAUGUGCGGCGCGGGGGGCGGGGCCAGCGCUCGCCACGCCCCCGCGGCCGACGCCCUCCGCGCCCGCGCCGCCUCCCUCGCGCGAAACUUCUACAAGUGCGACGAUAUAUUCCUCGAUAUGUUUGAGGAUGAAUACUGCGAAACGAGCAAGCGACCGUUAAACGUGGAAUGGCUAUGCAUGGACGCCGCCAUUUUGUUACCACCUACUAGGACACCUAUGUCGGGCAUUGCUUUCGCUAAGAGAUUGCCUAGUGGAGAGAUGGAAAGAGCGCGGCGAGCGAUACGCACCUUCUUUCUAAUCCGGGACUUAUAUUUGAAGCUGACCGGGAAACCUGAAACUCAGUUGCCUCUCACUAAUCCUGCGCCCUUCGUACAAGUUGGAGACGUUUUGGACCUUAAUGAUUCUGAUCUCAUAUCUUGUGAUAUAAUACAGAAGGAUGGUACAUGGCAACAUAGGUUUCUCGCAGUAGACAAUAUACAAAUAAUUUUAGUCGAACCCGACAAACAAAGGUUAGGAUGGGGCGUCGCCAAACUGGUGGGAAGCCUACAAGACUUAGAAAUCCAAGGUGAUAAAGAAGACCCUCGUUGUCUCCACCUCACCAUUCAUAAGCCUAGGGUCGGCGCGUCCGGCGCACUCCCGCGCACCGUGCUGUUGAGAGCCAAGUUUAAGUUCGACGAUCAUAUUAGGAGUAUGGCUGCUAAGCAGAGAUUGACUAAGGGUCGUACGAAAUCCCGCCAAAAGAAAAUGCAACAGAUAGGCCGAUUACUGGAAGUGUCGGGCAUGUGUGCUCCGGCCAUGGCGCCCAGACACCGGCCGCUGUUCGCCAGACCCGCGCUAGCUACCGUGAGACGGUCUACAGUUGUUUCGGUAGGAGGCGACGACGACACAGAGCGGCGUCUGCGCAGGCCCAGCGGACAUAUGCUUAAGGAUGGCAUCGUCGUCUAUAGAGAACGUACUACUAGUAGAGAGAGCAGUGUAUCGCGCAGCAGUAGCGCGCACGGGUCGCGGGAGGGCUCGCCGCGCUGCGAGGACAUACCCAUGGAGGACAUCAAGAGAAACGCCGGCACUUCUAGCUUAGCUGCACCGCCUGUAGUCACGCAGAGUCAGCCCAGCACAUCGUCCCCCCUCCUAAAAUCGCACGUGUCAUCAGAAGAAACAUCAUUCAUUUCGAGCGAGCCGUCACGACCGAAACGCAAAGGGCUCGUCGAAACUAUAUGAUAUUAGAGGGUGGAUACGACCCUUUGAGAAUAGCACGGUAACCUCAAUUCAUAUUCUCUUAAAUCUAUCCCUAUUAAUAAGAAACUGUUCUAAUUACUUACGGAUGGUAGUUUUUAGACAUAAGCCACAUACAAUGAACGUUAAAAACUACCCAAGUAGUAGAUUUUUGACAUAAGCCACAUACGAUAAAGAUCAAAAAUCUACUAUUUGGGUAGUUUUUUGACGUAAGCCGUACGUCAAUAACGUCAAAAAACUACCGUUCGCAAGUAAAACGAAUUGUUUCUUGUUAGUAUUUUAUCAUGUGAACAAAUUGAAUGGCGUAAGUCACGUGACAGGUCAUAGUUGUGAUAGAAUCCUGUCAUAGAGAAUAUGACAAGUCAGAGAGAAACCUUUUUGUACGGAAAAGUGAAAAUAAAUAGUGAGAUAUAGGGAAAGUGGGAUUUUAUAUAUUGGCUCAAUAUAAAUUGUUUUUAAAAUUAUGGAAAUUGACUCCUGGGUCAACGAUCUCUUUGGUUCCUCUUUCAAAAUUAUUGACAAAUGUUCAAGUUUAGUUUAUAUUUUUACUGUUUUAACCAGUGAUGUGAUAUGAAAUUGAUUUUUAUUUAUUUACAUUUUAUUUGAAGUACAAUUUUGACAUAUAAAUUGUGGUUUGGGUUAGUUUUCGUAUUUGACAAUCCUGUGGAGUAUUUGUAUGGGUAGAUGUAAAGUGACUUUCGAAAGGCAUGCUCUAGUUGACAAUAACUCCGCUAUGUUAGUAUAAGAAUUGUCUAUUUUUAUCCCUGUGACCUAUCUGAUCACCGUUUUAAACAUUUUAGGAUCAAAAUUCACAAAUCAUCCUUAAAUAUAUUAAUACAGCGCAAAUAGUUCAACAUUCAUUAUCUCAAUAUUAUGCCACUUAAGAGUCAUUUAAAAAUCUAAGAUUUUCAAAAUGUAGGAGUGUUAUUUUGAAUGGAUGUCAAAUAUUAAUUACCACAUUAUGUUUGGUCAUGUAUUUCUUUUUUCUUAAUUCAACACACGUAAGUAUUAUUAUUAGUUGCCAACUAAAACAAUAUUCUUUGUAGGUCCUUCAUAAUUAUUUCAAUGCUAUUUUAAAUAAGUGUCCUAGAAUAGUUUUUCGUCUACACUUCCAUUAUUGUGUUUAAAUACUGUCAAAGCUCGUGAGUAUUAUGUAGUUGAAAAAAAAAAUCAAACUAUUUUUUCAUUGAAAAAUUCUAGAAAAUUCUUUUCAUACAUUUAAUUAUCAUUAUUGUUGUAUUAGUGUACUUCAUAAUUGGCGUAAUGUUUUGUAUGAUGAUUUAAUGUAAUGUACUGUAAGCUGUGAAGUUACCUAUCAUAAAUAAAUAAAUAAAUAAAUAAAUAAAUCAUAGUUCAUAUACUACUGGCAAAUAGACGGUAUAUAAACACAUUCAUACUUUAAGUAGAUAAUUUAACACAAAUUACUCGAAAACAUAAAUCAUGAGAGAUUUCAUAAUGUAGUUGUUAUUUUUCUAAAACUUAACGGCUUGGAUCUCUUGUUACGUCCACGUAGUUUAUUGAAAAUUAUAAAAAUAUAAAUAAAGGUGGUUUCACAUAAACGGCACUUUGUGAAGCUCUGUGAUCGAGUUUGCGUUGACUUAAAAUUUGUAAAAAAACAUUUUAAAAUUAUUCACAAGUCCAAAUAUUUCUACUAAUAAAUUUUUGACACAGUAUUCAUUAAAAUUUUAUCUACAGUACCAUAAACGAUAAAUAGGACCUUCAUUUAAAACAACGCAAACUCUUUGAUUAGAUAGAAAUAAUAAAAUAAAUGUAUUUAUUUAUGUAUGGUAUCCCUGUAUUUAUGUAUGUUUGUGUCUCGUGACUCAUGGCUAACCAGGAAUUGAUUUGACUCGUGUCUUUGUACGUGAAAUCUGUUAUAAAAGCUUGCUUAUGUAUGUCCAAAAUAAUAAUAAUAUAAUAUCAAUAUAUGUAAUUGAUAAUAAUUUUAAACCGUUCUGACGAAAAUAUAUUGAGGUCUGUGAGAUCAAAUUAAGGUAUAAAUAAGUUUGCUACUCCAAGACUUUGCAAUUACAACUGUCAAUAAUGUAAUCAUUCCUUCUAUGUGUUGGUAAAUAACAAGAAUUUAUUAAAAGUACGUUAAAAUAACAAUCUAAGUAUGACUAACAAACAGAUCUAACUAGAAUAUUCUAUCGAUAAUCCUUGAGUAAUUUUUAUGUUGUGAUUUUUUUAUUUUAUUUUAAGAGUUGCAAUAAUUGAUGUAAAUAAAUGUAUUUUUAUGUUCUUAAAAGAAAAUAUUGUAGUGUUGAAAUGAAAUAUAUCACAUGUUACAUUUA